AGUUUACGUUGGUGAUUCCUGCAGGGUGACAGACAGACGCAAAGCUGGACAAGACACAAGGCAACCGCGGUUUAAUAAAUAAAACAGUAUUUAUUCGCACCGUAUUAAUGUAAAAUUUUAAGCAUGGCCGCGGAGUUUUUAGUGAUGUUGUAUGAAUACUCUCCUCUCUUUUACAUUGCUGUCAUAUCAUUAUGUUUCAUCAUCACUGUGGCUGUUGUGUUGGGCUGGUUUGGGUUUGAUGUUCCAGUCAUUUUGAGAAGUUCAGAUGAGACUGAAUCUGUCAUUCCUGUGCCCGAGAGGAAGAUGGUGCAGGUGACCAAUCCCUUCGCCCUGGAGAUCAACUGUACUUGUGGUUCAGUAACCGAGGGUGUGAGUUUGCAGCCAUGUUGUCUUGAAGACUGUGUCCUGAGCUGUUUCUGGGGCUGCGGGGUCCAGGCUCUCCAGACGGCCCUUCAGAGUCACCAGCGGGAGCUCCGGCUCCACACUGCAGAGCUGUUUCAAGAGGCUCUGGGGCAGAGCUGCCGUCACCACCAAACAUUCAAUGUACAGAAAGAAGAUAAGGAGGAAUAUUUCACCCAGAUGCCACCAGCUCUUGAAGUAACAGAUUUUGGGCUGCUGCCUCGGGAUCGAUACCCAUUGGUGGCUGUGUUGACGCUGGCCCAUUCGGAAACCAGGGACAACUACAAUAUUGCAUCUAGUGUGACCGUGAUCCACGUUCCUGAUGACAAAUACAGACUCUCCACCAGAAUCUUGUUCCAGUAUCUGCUCACAGCACACGGGACCUUGUACGAUCUGAAGCCACUGUUCAUGUCAGCAGACAACAGCAACUCAUCUGGAACCUCAGAACCUUAUGCAGGAACUCAAGGGGCGGAGCCACAACCAGAAAGAGCAGGUGAAAAGGGGGAGGAGUCUGAUUCAGAGGGGGAGUGGCCUGAUAUUCAAGGGCGGGACUGCGUGGUGUGUCAGAAUGCAUCAAUAAACAGGGUGCUUUUGCCAUGCAGACAUGCAUGUGUAUGUGACGGCUGUGUGUGCCGCUUCCAGCACUGUCCGAUCUGCCGAGCAUUUGUCUUUGAAUCAUUUGCUCUGGCUAACCGACCUGCUCAUGAUGAUGAUGAUGAUGAUGAAGAGGAUUUUACAGAUUGAAAUUUUGAAAAUGCUGUAUUGAAAGCCUUAAGUGGGAAGGAUAAACAUGAGGAGGAAACAUUGUAGCAUCUUUAUAUGGUAAAGAGAUGCAGGCAGCUGACAUGAAAGUAUGGACACUUCUAGCGUUAUUUAAAUUUUAGGCUUUUGGACAUGAGUGUGCUUGUGAAAUGUGUUAAGAUAGAGAUUUUAAGUUGUAUAGUAUAUUUAUUUAUUGCCUAGACACACACACACACACACACACACGUGUUAAACUAACAAAUAUAUUUCAAUGUGUAAUCAUGCAGUUUUUUUUUCUUCUCAGCAAAUGAGAACAACAUGAGUUUUGAUUUAUUAUUUAUUUCUUAAAUGAUGUGGAAAGAAGCAGGCCAGGCAAACACAGUUUAUAUAACUGAUCUCACAGAAUGCUAAAGAGCUGAAUGAUUUUACAGAUCCACAUACUUGGCCAACAGGUAAAGCUUUGUAUCAAACCGGGGGGCUAAACAAUGCUUCAACUGAACAACUGAAGUCACUUGAUGGUAGUGAUGGAAGCUGAACAUCAGAAUGCUUUCAAAAUGUUCACAAAAAACAAUUGCAGUAACUUAAGAAGAAAGUUUUAUGUCCAUGGACAGUAUACAGAUUACUGACCAAAAACCCCUCACAUUUAUACUCUGCACAGAAGAAUUGUGUAUGGUUUUAUACAGGCUUGUAGUCGAGUUUGGACUCCAGCUUCUUCGAGUCAGCCACCUUCCUCACAGCUUUCAUGAAAUCCUCCUGGGUCACAUACUCAUGGUCCGCACGGAUGGCAAACAUACCUGUUAGAUCAAAAAGAUACACCUUUAUCAGACCCAAAAUACACAUCACAGAUACUGUAUAUGUAGCUUUUAAAAGCACUAAAUUACACUAGGAGUUGAACGACUUUAGAUUUUAGGAAGUCGACUUUUAUAUUGUCAAAAUAGAGUCGACUAGUUGCUGGUGACAAUCAAAACACAAUGCAAAUGUUUUGCAACAUGCCAAAAUUUGCAGGAAAUAUAAACCCAUGCUGCUUGAAAGCUCAUAACACAAUGCAACAUUACCAAUCACUAGGGCCAGACAGCAUCUGCAGACAUUAUUGCUAUUUCUGCGGAAUGAUUUUAGGAGUAUCAUAACUACAAGCAUAAUAUAUGAAAUAAAAAAAAAGAAUAUUUUCUUUUACUUUUAUUUAAUGUUUACAAUGCAGAUCCAGUUAGAUCCACUUAUUUGGUGCACAAAGCAAGUCUCUCACAUAAUACAAUCUACAGAAAAUCUGACUUUACAAUCUGUAUUGUAAAUAAAUCAUAUCAACAUUUAAUAUUACUAUUAUUAUCACAAUAAAAUUUGUGAAAUCAAUUUAAAAACUGAAUAAAUCUAAAUUUACACAAGUAAAUAAUUAGACUCAAUAAUGGGAUGAUAAAAAUCUGCGGAUUUCUGCACACGCAGAUUACAUGUGGGCCUACCAAUCACUAAUUUUAGUGCAAAACACAUGCACCGUCAACACUUUCAUUUCAUUAAUGAUGCAACAUUAGCACCCGGGCUAGUUUUACUGCCAAAUAAAUGCAGUCAACACAUUGAUCACGGCACGUACUGGUAAGAAUGUAACAAUAACAGACAUUUUAGUGCAGAGGUAAUGUAUACGUCGUCAGCACACAGAUUCAUGUGAAGUUAUUUCAUCACAUAACACGCGAAAGCCAUACUGUUAAAAUCAGAGUAUUAGCCCCCCUGAAUUGUUAGUUUAUUUUUUCCCCCAAUUUAUGUUUUCCAACACAUUUCUAAACAUAAUAGUUUUAAUAACUCAUUUCUAAUAACUGAUUUAUUUUAUCUUUGCCAUGAUGACAGUAAAUAAUAUUUGACUAGAUAUUUUUCAAGACACUUCUAUAAAGCUUAAAGUGACAUUUAAAGGCUUAACUAGGUUAAUUAGGUUAAAUAGGCAGGUUAUUGUAUAACGAUGAUUUAUUCUGUAGACAGUCGAAAAAAAUAGCUUAAAGGGGCUAAUAAUUUUGAUCCUAAAAUGUUUUUUAAAAAAUUAAAAACUGCUUUUAUUCUAGCCAAAAUAAAUAAAAAUAAGACUUUCUCCAGAAGAAAAAAUAUUAUCAGACAUACUGUGAAAAUUUCCUUGCUCAGUUAAACAUAAUUUGGGAAAUACUUAAAGAAAACAUUCAUUCAAACGGGGCUAAUUAUAGACUUCAACUGUAGGUUAUAACAUUGUAAGCCUUAUUACACAGUCAGCGAUUUGCUCAGACGCAUAUUUUACUGCUAGAAAGCUGCUCAAAAUCCUGCUCAAGUCGGGCAAUUUUCAGUUACUGGCUUAUCUUGGUUAUCAGAUGUCUCCUUGAUCCACAUGUUCACCCCGUUCACCGGGGACGAUAUUACACUUGCUAUUAAGUUUGUCACACCUCCGGCGGUUAUUCCCUUUUCUUUUAAUAGCAUUGGAUAUGCAUAUCUGUAAAUAUGUGCACGGUAAAUUCUUCUUUUACAAUGUGGAAGUAAGCUCUUGUCCGUCAACAUGGUUAGACUACCGCUUCAUUUGCUGCUAUGGGUAAAUGACUUGAAUAACAAAUAUUGCAGUAAAUGGUCAAACUUAGUGGCGCUACAAACCAGUGCGUUUACGACGAAACAUUAAGUUUGCAUCAAGAUAAGCAGUUUUGUACGGCUAAAAAUCUAUGCAAGUGAAUGAGAUUAGACGCUCCUAUGCAAAAAAUAAGGUGGAUAGUAAAAGUCACAGUACAACAAAUCAAGUGACCAAUGGUUUGUUCUGUAUUGUGGCUUUUGCAGUGUGUGAUAUUGGUGAUCUAUGGAUAUAUCGUAGUUGUUGCAUUAGCGAUUUAUGAACUGACACUUCUGAGUACACACCAAAUUCAGAUGUAAUUAUUCACGUGACUAGCUUAUAUACAAAGUCAUGGCAGUGCAUUUCCAGCGAUCAGCAUGUAUGACGAGGAAUGUAACGAAUUCGCCUGUUAAAUAAAACUUGAGCGGAAAAUUCA